AUGGCGGACUCCCGCGCGGACGCUGUCGCACUCGAGACCGAGGGCAACGCGCUCUACUUCAAGAGCGACUUUGGCGCCGCCCAUGCCAAGUACUCGGCCGCCAUCAAGCUCGAUCCAAAGAACGCAGUCCUGUACUCCAACCGCGCCGCGUGUGCGUACGGGCUGAACAGGUACCUCGAUGCCACCGACGAUGCCACAAAGGCAACCGAGCUCGACCCUACCUAUGCCAAAGCGUGGGGACGCAGGGCAGCCGCUGCACUCAGCCUAGGCAGAAACACGGAUGCCAUUCACUCGUGGAAACAUGCGAUCGCCGUCCUUCCAACCGACAACCCCACACCAGUCCAGGCAAAGCAGCGCAAGCAGUAUCAGUCCGACCUCGCCGCACUAGAGGCCAGAAUCGCGCGCCACAAACCAAACGAGCUGCCCGUGCCUGAGGCCAUGGAGGUCUCGGGCAACAGCAAUCUUCCGUGGUUGCUGGCGAACGACAUGAUCCCUGGACUGAAACGCGAUCAGAAUUGGGGCAGCUCGGUGAGCGCUCUGAACACCCCCCGGCAGCGGCAGUGGAUCAUGUGCACUGAGGUGUGCAUGUCGGUGUCGACUCCUUGUCGCAUCUCAUUCAUGUGUUCACAGAUCCUCGAAUGCUUCACAGACGCCCUGGUGGCCGAAUUUCGGAUCGUUCGUAUGCCAAUGCCAACCAAUAUCUUCGAGAUGUUUGAAAAGCAAGUGGCCACGCAAGCCCGCAACAUGAACGCGUGGUUGCAGUUCGGCGCCCAGAGAGUGAUGAAAGAGGUCCCGAGAAGACUCGAGAAAGAAGGCUGGUCCUCAGUUCGGCCUGCUUUGUCGAUUACAGUGAGAGGUUGGAUCUUUCGCGGGUUCAUGGCCGAUUGCUGGGAGAGCAAUAUUACCGCUGGCCUCGACGUCUUCACCUCUGCGCUGGAGGUUCUAAAGUGGGGAGCGGAGAAGUACAAAGACGUCCCUUUGCACGAGCGAGGUGCCAUAUUCGAGCCGACUUAUAUCCGCGGAGUCAACACCGUCACAACGCACACCAUCCCUCUGGAAGAGGCGAUUGCCGGCGCAAACGAGAUUAUCGAAGAGCUCAAAGACGUUCCUAUUGGGACGGAGGGGGCAGCGGCAGCAGUGGCCCGUGGCGAACCCCCGGGUUUUUGGUAUGCAUUCUACCCGUAUCCGAAGGGUUUAGCCUAUAGCCUCCGAGGCCGUGUUUACGACCAGAAAGCCAAAAAGCUUAAGGCAGAGGGUAACGAGUCGGCGGCCGUCGACCUCUUCCUCCGAGCCGCCGCGGACUAUAAGCAAGCGGCGUUCAUGCAUCCUCAGGACGACGGGCACCGUGCCUGGUAUUUGCACUGCGCGUUCCACAAUCAGUACAACGCUGGAUUUCCCGUCAGGCGCCUGAUGCGAACUCUGGACAUGCUCAACGAGACCCUUCCGCUCGCGCAGAAGAUCUGGUGUGAUCCGGCCCAUUGGCCUCGAAUGAAGCCCCAUUUCGACUUGGACAUGAACAUACGCGAAAAUAUGAAGUGUGGGGUGGAUUCUGGGGCCGUAAACCCUGACCUGCCGGUAAAGAUGUUGCUUGGAGACGAGUUGGACACGAUGACGUUGCUUUGA